AUGGCACCCUCAGCACUUCGGACGCCUCCUCAGGCCCCGCCGCUCUUCACAGGCACCCCCACCUCCGUCGUGGCAGAUACAAAGCGCCUGAUCGAGCUCUCGCGUGCGGUGCAGGAUGGCGUUGCCAACAACGUCACUGCAGAGACCGCCACCUUCGACAGGGUCAUUCUCCCUCUAGCCCGCGAUGAGAACACGAUGGCUCUCGAGUCACAUAUCCUGGGCUUCUACCAGUCUGUUUCGACGGACAGUAAGCUGCGUGAUGCAUCCACAGAGGCAGAGCGUCUCAUGAACGAUUUCGGCAUCGAGUCCGCCAUGCGUGAAGACUUGUAUAGACUUGUCGAUGCCGCCGUGAAGAAGGGCGAGAAGCUCGACCCAGAGUCGCAGAAGCUGCUUGAGAAGGAGCAUAAGGACUACCUCCGUAACGGGCUCGGCUUGCCCGUCGGACCCCAACGGGAUAGGUUCAAGGAAAUCAAGAAGCGGUUGAGCGAGAUCAGCAUCGAGUUCCAGAAGAACCUCAACGAGGAGAAUGGUGGUCUGUGGUUCACCAGGGAGCAACUUGCCGGUGUUCCUGAGGACGUGUUGUCCGGGCUGAAGAAGGGUGAGGGCGAGAACGAGGGCAAGUUACGUCUUACCUUCAAGUAUCCUGAUCUCUUCCCGACGCUGAAAUACGCUAUCAAUCCCGAGACCAGGAAGACUGUCAUGAUUGCCAACGAGAACAAAUGUAACCAGAACAUCCCCCUGUUCAAGGAGACGUUGCUCCUCCGUGACGAAGCUGCCAGACUCCUUGGAUAUCCUAACCACGCCGCCUUCAGGCUGGAGGAUAAGAUGGCCAAGAACCCCAAGACGGUGGAUGACUUCUUGGGUGAUCUACGUUCUAGGCUGACGGAUGGUGGUAAGGAGGAGAUCAAGACACUCAAGGGUAUGAAGAAGAAGGACCUCGAGACUCAGAGCAAGGAGUUCGAUGGAUAUUACUUCCUCUGGGACCAUAGAUUCUACGACCGCAUGAUGCUGGAGAAGGAUUACUCUCUCGACCACCAGCUUAUUGCCGAGUAUUUCCCGCUUCAGACCACCAUCCGCGGCAUGUUGGAGAUCUUUGAGCAGAUCUUCGGCCUUGUUUUUGUCGAGAUCACGGGCGAGGAGAGAGCUAAGAUCUCUUCCUCUGGCAAGGCGGAGGAUAUCGUCUGGCACGAGGACGUCCAGGUGUUUAGCGUCUGGAAUGACGAAGGUGAGGGAAGUGGGUUUGUCGGAUAUCUAUACCUUGACCUGUUCCCGCGUGAGGGAAAGUAUGGCCAUGCUGCCAACUUCAACUUGCAGCCGGGCUUCAUUAAAGAAGAUGGAUCUCGCCGCUACCCUGCCACCGCACUGGUCUGCAACUUCUCCAAGCCGACUGAGAAGAAGCCGAGUCUCCUCAAGCAUGACGAAGUCGUCACCCUCUUCCACGAACUUGGCCAUGGAAUCCAUGAUCUCGUCUCCAAGACCAUAUACUCUCGUUUCCACGGUACCAACACUGUCCGUGAUUUCGUAGAGGCUCCCAGCCAGAUGCUUGAGAACUGGUGCUGGACUCCUUCUCAACUCAAAUCCCUUAGCAAGCACUACUCCACCAUUUCACCAGAAUACUUCAAGGCCUGGAAAGAACAUGCUGGUGACAAGCCUGCCCCGGCCGCCGAGAUUCCAGACGAAUUGAUCCAGAACCUCAUCAAGACAAAGCACGUCAACGCCGCGCUGUUCAACUUGCGACAGCUCCACUUUGGCAUCUUCGACAUGACUGUCCACGAGCCCAAGGAUCACGACACAAUUAAAAACAUGAACAUCUCAGAGAUUUAUAACAAGCUUCGAAAGGAGAUUGCUUCUCUGGAUGGACCUGAGGUUCUUGGCCAAGGAUACGACUGGGGCCACGGAGAAGCAACCUUUGGUCAUCUCAUGGGUGGUUAUGAUGCUGGUUACUAUGGUUAUCUAAGCUCCCAAGUCUACUCCACCGACAUGUUUUACACUGUCUUCAAAGAGGACCCCAUGAACAAGAAAGAAGGGCGCCGCUACCGUUAUUCUGUUCUUGAAAAGGGUGGCAGCCAAGACGAGAUGACUACGCUCAAGGAGUUCCUCGGUCGUGAACCAAAGCCAGAUGCCUUCUACAAGGAACUUGGACUUGCGUAG